AUGACUACCAUUAAAGAUUAUCGACUUGAGUCUGUCCGUUUGGAUAGCUUCAAAGACUGGCCGUACUUAUGGAAGAAGCCAGAAGAACUCGCAGCGGCUGGAUUUUAUUAUACGGGCAUAAACGACAAAGUAAAAUGUUUCAUGUGUAAGGUUGAAUUAUUUGACUGGAAACCAGAAGACAAACCGACAGUCGAGCAUAAACUGAACUCUAGAAAAUGCUAUUUUGUUAAUAAUAUUCCAUGCGGAAAUGUACCGAUCGGUACGGAUCCUAGCACAAUUCCGGGAUUUGUUCCUCGGAGAGCAGACGUAUGUGGAAUACCAGGUUUCAACCAGGAGCUUUGGUUUCUUGCGAACCACGGAGAAAAAGAAGAAAGAGUGAAUUAUUGGUUGAAACAUUUUCUAUACCAAAAAGCCUCAAUACCGAAACAUCCCAAAUACGCUAGUUAUGCUCUUAGAUUAGCGUCGUAUGAUAAAUGGCCUAAAACAAGAUUACAAGCAGAAAAACUAGCAACUGCUGGAUUCUAUUAUUCGGGAAAUAGCGAUGAAACAGUGUGUUAUUACUGCAAUGGACAAUUAAAGAAUUGGGAGCUAAACGAUGAUCCCUGGGUAAAACAUGCCAAAUGGUUCCACCACUGUCUUUAUCUAGUUUUAACUAAAGGAACGGAAUUUAUAAACAACGUUACUGGAACAACGUAUAUGAAAAAAAAUCUUCCAUUUGUAGUUGAUACAAUGGAAGAGAAAUUUGAGAAAACUGAUAAUGGGAAUAUUGCUAGUGGAACCUCUCAAAAUUCAACUAAUGCUGAAAAAAGAAAACCUAAUUUACCUAAUAUAAAAGCAAGUGAUGUAUUGGAUGGAGCCAGCAACAAGGAACAGUUUAUUCAAAUACGGAUGAACAAGAUUCUGCAGAAUGUAAAAUUAUGCAGAAUUUGUUGGAGUAGAAAUCGACAAAUCUUAUUUGUACCAUGCUAUCAUUUUUUGACGUGUGAAGAAUGUGCGACAGAUUUGACAAAAUGUAUAUGUGGUAAGAAUAUUAAAUGUACUGUAAAAGCGAAUAUGUUAUAA